UCUUGUGGAAUACCUAUGUGGGACAUGAGCCCAGCGCAUAAAACUGGCCCGUUGUCCGGCGUCUCGCCAGCUCAAAGUGCCACGACUCAAAUUGAAAUAAAUAGGAAUCCCAGACUGAGAAAGAAAAUUUGCGGAAAUAGCGGCAUAUUUAUCGCCAGAUUGAAGGAAAUUCCACAACAAAAACCCGAACUUCUUCAACCUCCUCCAAAAGUGGUGUAGUUACAUCAGCUGAUAUAUAUAUAAAAAAGAAGGACAGCUAACCUGUCAUAGUGGUCAUCAUGGAUCUAUAUGACCCUCAGACGCUAGGCAUCAUGGUAUUUGGAGGCUUCAUGGUCAUCUCAGCCCUCGGUAUCGUUCUGGUCUCCACCUUCUCCAUGAAGGAGACUUCCUAUGAGGAGGCCUUGGCCAAGCAGCGCAGAGAGCAGGGUAAGACGGCGCCGCUGGGACAGCUGACCAAGAAGGACAAGAAGAAGGAGAAGGCGUCUGAGAAGAAGAACCGGGGUAAGAAGGAACACAAGCCCAAUGGGAAGCUUCCAGAAUUAGACCUAGAGGAUAUCACAGUGGCCGAGCCUGAACUAGCCCCAGAACCAGUUUCUGCCCCUGCUCCCAAACCUGCCCCUAAGCCUACCCCUGCUCCCGAAUCAACCCUUGCUCCCAAACCUGCCCCUGAACCUACCUCUACCCCUGCUCCCGAACCAACCCCUGCUCCAGCUCCCCCCGCUGUAGAGGCCUCCCCUGCUCCAAAGAAGAAGAAAGAGAAGAAGAUGAUGGCUAAGGUUGAGCCAGCCCUGGCUGCUCCUGCCCCAGCCCCCAUGGCCCCCUCCAAGCCCACCCCAGCCCCCAUGGCCCCCUCCAAGCCCGCCCCUGCCGCAGCAGCCCCCAUCGCCCCCUCCAAGCCUGCCCCAGUCUUGGAGGCUGUCACCAAGGAGGUCCCUGUGAUGGCAGUGCCCCCGGUGGGCUCCCAGAGGACUGCAGCCAAGGCUCAGGAGACCAAGGCACAUGACCUUUCCAAGAAGAAGACGUCCUCCAAGAAGAAGACUGAGUCUGUGUUGGACUCUGGUUUGGAUUCCCCCCUGUUCCUGCCCUACAAGGCCCUGGUCUCUACUGUUAGCAGUAUGGUCUUCAGUCAGGGAGAGGCCCAGCGCCUCCUAGAGAUCCUCUCUGACAAGGCUGGCAUCAGACAAGACACCUGGCACGUGGCUACUCAGAAGGGCGACCCAGUGGCUGUGAUGAAGAAACAGUUGGAGGAGAAUCAGAAACAACUCGCUACUCAGCAGGAGGAUGCCUCUGCAGCCAAAAACAGACUCCGGGAACUCAGCAGGGAACUCUCUGCUGAGAAGUCCAAGGUGGCCAGUGUGGAGACCAGGCUGAGUUCCCAGCUCUCAUCCAGGGAGCAGGAGAUGAUCGCCCUCCAGGCUCGUAUGCAGGCCUCCUACCAGGACCACGUAGCCCAGACACAGAAACUCAACGCCAAGGUCCUCAGUCUUCAGGAGCAGUUGGAGUCUGGUCCCACGGCUCAGCUGGCUCGUCUGCAGCAGGAGAACUCUAUUCUCAGAGACGCCCUGAACCAGGCCACAAGCCAGGCAGAGAGCAAACAGAAUGCAGAGCUGGCCAAGCUGAGACAGGAUUGUGCCAAACUGACCAAGGAGCUGGGGGAGAAGAGUGUGAGCCUUCAGACUGAUGAGGUCAUCAGGACUGGACUGGAGGCUAAGGUGUCUUCUGUAGAGAAACAAUUGUCUUCCCUACAGGCCAGUCAUGCUGAGAGUGAACAGGAGCUGCAGAGGAGGCUGGAGGAGGUCAGUGAGGAGCUGAGGAGUUCUCAGAGGACCCUGGAGAAAGCCCAGCAGGAUGCUACCACCCUUUCAGAUCUCCAGGUCCAUCUGGGCAGUGUAGAGGAUGAUCUGAAGGAACGUGGGGCCCAGCUGGAGGCCCUCACAGCCCAGCUGGAGCAGACUGAGCUGGAGAAGGCACAGCUGGAGGACCAGGUGGGAUCCAUUAAUGUACUUCUCGAGGCCAGCCAGAACAGAGACGAGAAUGAGGACUUGGAGAUGUGGAGUUGGUCUUUUCUCAACAACACCAAUCAUUUCUCUUCCAGUCUUCAAGACCGAGACGUUCAGCUGGCAUCACUCCAAGAGGAGCUGAAGCAGCUCAAAGAAAUGAAACAGGAGGCAGCGAUGACUGCCGAGGUCACUACAGCUGAGACCGAGCAGGCACCUAACAGUGAGGACAGAUGCCUGGUGGUGUCCCUUCAGGAAGAACUGAAACGGCUUAAAGAAGAGAUGGAACAACUACUAAACUCUCCCGUAGCGCCCCAAAGAUUUGCGCUAAAAUCGGCUGAUGUCUCAGGAGAGUCUGAUCAGCUACUCAAUGGUCUGGAGAAGAGUGAGAGCCAGGAAUUAACACUAGAAGAGGAAGGGAUUCAACUCGAAGAACAAUCUGAACAGGCCCAGAGCAGCACCACUCAGUCGCACAACACAGCAGAACUGGCCGCGCUACAAACCAGUCUGGCAGAGAGAGAAGCUAUGAUGAAAUCACUACGAGAGGAGCUAAGGGAAGCCAGGGACCAAUCACAGAAGGUACAGGAGAUCCUCGCUCAGGUCCAGCAGAGCCAAGAGUCCCAGCCGAGCACAGAGCUGCCGGAGCUGUUGGAGAAACUGAAGGAGGCAGAGAACAGCCACGGGACACUGCAGGCACAGUGUGACCAGUACAGGACAGUCCUGGCUGAAACCGAAGGAAUGCUGACGAACCUUCAGAAGAGUGUUGAGGGGGAGGAGCUGGUGUGGAAGUCCAAGAUGGCCGACUCUGAGGACCAGUUGAAGAAGGCCCUGGAACAGGUGCAUACUCUGGAGGAGACUGCAGAGAGCUUGAAGACAGGAAACCAAAGCAUAGAACAGCUGAAGGAGCAGGUGAUGCUUCUGGAAGCCCAGUUGGAGAAACAGUCUGAGACGGAGGAGGAAAUGGCACAGUUGAAGAAGCUGCUGUCAGAGUCUCAGAGCCAGCUGGAGUCGGCCCAGACGCAGGCCCAGACGCAGGCCCAGACGCACAGGGAAGAGCUGGCUACGGUCAGAGGUCAGCUGAGUGAGGCGACGGAGCACGCUCAGAGCCAGAAGGCGGUCCCUGAGGCCGGGGCACAGAACGGACAAUCGGAGCCAGAGGUCCAGUCCCAGUUGAGUCAAACCACAGAGGAGUUUGAACAGGCUCAGAAGACUGUAGAACUCCAGGCUCAGAAGACUGUAGAACUCCAGGCUCAGAAGACUGUAGAACUCCAGGCUCAGAAGACUGUAGAACUCCAGGCUCAGAAGACUGUAGAACUCCAGGCUCAGAAGACUGUAGAACUCCAGGCUCAGAAGACUGUAGAACUCCAGGCUCAGAAGACUGUAGAACUCCAGGCUCAGAAGACUGUAGAACUCCAGGCUCAGAAGACUGUAGAACUCCAGGCUCAGAAGACUGUAGAACUCCAGGCUCAGCUGGACAUUCUGAAAGAGGCAGGAGACUCCCCACAGGCUGACACAGAGGACGUAGCCCAGCUAAAGGAAGAGAGUUCAGGACUGAAGGAAGGAACAUCUGUGUGAGAGACUGAAGACGUGACACUUAAACAUGAUUAUCAUAGUUAUGCAUUCCAAAACUAUUAGUUAUUGUACUGUAGUAGUUGAUUGCUGCAACUCCUAUUAAAUAUUAAAAAUCAAAGGGCCAGUUUCCCGGACGCUGAUUUAAGCCUCUUCUGGAACUGAAAUACAUGCUCGGUGGAGAAUCUCCCUUAAAGAAACGUGUUAGCCAGGGACUAGGCUUAAUGUGUCUGGGGAAAACCGGCUCAAAAUCUUUCUGGGUCGUUCCACCAAUUCGGUGCCUUAUCAAAUGUGUAACUUGGUGGGGGGGAUUUAUUUUUUUUUUUUUUCCGUUCUGUCAUAAAGAGAACAUGUUCAACACAAUAAAAAAUGUUUUCCAAUCUCGGUGGUAAAUAAAUAAAAAAAGUGCCAAAUAAAGUAAACAAGGUUGGAUUGUAAACAGAUUUGACUUUAACAGGGUUGACAAUUUUCAUCUUAAAUCAGCCUUUGUGACUGGGGGACUGGAACCUUGUUAUGUGCAACAGGGAGGGGCAAUUGAGGGGGGGGGGGGGGAUGAAGAUGAAAGUGUGAAACCAUACCUAGCCUGUCUAUAUAUGGAUAACGGGUUUUGCUCAACCAACUCCGUUUUCCACCACAAAACACCAGAAAAUGUUUUGUGGUGGAAAAAUGCAGAGUUUUUUUAGCACUUUAGCAAUUCUUAUUCAUAUAACAAAAAUUAACUCGGUGGUCUUACUAAAGGGUGUUUCAUUGAAAUUAUAACAGGCUUUUAAAAUUCAACAUGGGUGUAGAAUUCAUUACUUAAAAUGUCAAAGGGAUGCGAAACUCACUCAUUUCGUGGAACGACUGAUCUGUUGCUGCAAUUCCCGUUGAUCUAGGAUGAGGAGAAAAGAUACUACGCUGCAAGCAGAACGUUGAAGACCAACAUACAUUCAUCAACGAUUCUGGCCAUGUCAGAAGUUAUAUACCUAAGACUAGCUCUGGUCCAGGGCAUUAGUGCGCGUGACUUCACUAUGCCCUGUAUCGAUAUUGACCACACUAACGCCCUGGACUAGAGCUAACCUACUCUGCCUUAUAGUCACAAUGAAAUCUCCCUCCCCAGAGUCCACAGUGUUAAAAGGGAGAACGAUUGUGUGUGUUUUGUUUUAAACGUACAUCAACCUGUGCAAUUACUUUGUGCACCCUAUUCUCCUAUAUUGAACACUACUUUUGACCAGAGCACUAUAGGGAAACCUUAUGGGCCCUGGUCAAAAGAAGUGUACUAUAUAGAGAGAAGAUAGGGUGCAGCUUUGUGUCUUUUGUAACUGGUUGGAUGAAAGAUGGGGGAAGAAGUUAAGGUACACAGGACGGCUGCAAUACGUUGAGUGCCUCCUUCAGUACUGUGUUAUACAGUAGCUGGCUGCCAACACAAAAUGUAUGAAUUUGAUAAAGAAUAAAACUACAAUGUAGCUAUUGUGCUAUGA